CUCAGAUACCGCGCGGUUCUCUCUGGGAAAGCACGGCCGUUACAGCGUUGCCGCCUGUUGCGAUUUUUCCUUACGAGCGCGUCCGUCGCGAAAAAAGCCGGAAUAAUAGUUUAUCAGUUUUUAAAGAACUUGCUCGUUUUGACUGUUUAUAUAGUGGAUGAUUUCUUGUUGUUGUGAUUUUGUUUGUUUUUUUGGUCUGUUUGUGUUUUAUUUUGUGGUGUUUAUGGUUUAGUUUGGAAGUUUUACCGAAGUUUGAUCGGUGCAUAGACGUUUGAAUGGACAUUACCUGUCAACAUGCCAGUAUAAAAAACAUUUAUUUUAAAAAAACCAUGAUGGAUGGGGGAAAAUUUCAUCCUAUGAAAAGGAGGGCUACUCCGAUUCCUGUGGCGCCCCCUAGAAUACCAACCCCUAUGCCACUGAAUAAUAAUAAUGGACCAAGAUCAAACUCCAGAGAAGUGGACGCCGACCCCAAGACCCUCUCCGCGUCCACUCUGGAACAGACAGUGGCGUCCCACCAUCACCAACAGCAGCAGCACCGGCUUAUCUCAAAGCAGCCGUUUCGUCUGCUGGACAAUGACGUCAGGACCGCUUGGAUCAAUCCCAGAUUGAUAUCGAAGGUCGACCUAGACCACAUCAAAAAAACUGACUACGUCCCCCCGUCCCCCUUCGACCGGAGCGGCCACAACAUCAACCACCAAAACCACCAUAACACAACCCCACCUACCCCCCUCCCAUUACACACUCCCCGUUCUUCAUCCUGCGGCCGCUGCCACGACUGGAGCCCCGUCCCCGCAUCGGCAGGAGGGGGGGACCCCCAACAACCACGUUCCUGCACCACGCGGCUCCAUCCUCAGGCUUCAGUGCCUACCGCAACCUCUUCCGAGCACAACGGAACUAAGAAAAGGAGUAAAAGUUACGCUGCCGGUUCCGUAACCACCACAACAAUAACGACAUCGUCGAAAAAUAACACUGGUAUGGAGGUGAAAAAUUUCAGGACUAAACUUCCGGGGGUGAACGCUCAAAGAAAACAAUACAAUCAACAACAGCAACAGGUGGUUGUUAAGAAUAAUCAUCAGCAUCAGGUGAUACAGGGUGGUGGUCGAUACGGGGUGAAGGGUGGUGAUGGAUCGAGGGUGGCUUUUCAUCACCAUCAUAGACAGGACGUGGUGUAUGCAGCGGCGGGUGUGAAGGACGGUGGUAAAAGUGGAGUUUUUGGUGUUUACGCGGAAACAAAGUAUGUGUACGGGGUGGUGAACGGAGGUGUGGGGGGUAACUCGGCGCAGGCCAGUGCAGCUGCGGCGUUUUUUGCUAGAGCAGCUCAGAAACUAAACCUAUCUUCGUCGCCGCACAGAAGAAAGCGGUACAACUCAGACGAGGUGGACCCAGGAGGUUUUUGUGGGGCUUUGCAAAAGUCCCCUCCACCUGUACCUCCAGCAUUGCUGAGGAGGAUCGGUGUCAAAGAAAUUACCGGAGUAGGCAAGGUUAAAGUAAUGUUGAGAGCGUCCAAUCCUACGGGGAACUUCAUACCAGACACUGGAGGGGGGUCCAACAAUUUCUUCAGCUUGGACAAACGGAAGAAACAAGUUACCUUGGUGGAUCCAACUAUUUUCGGUGGAUCCUCCGCACCUGAGGACAGAAGAGUUGGCGUAGCUGCUCCGAAAAUGUUCGCUUUCGAUGCUAUUUUUUCUCAAGACGAUUCUCAGAGUGAGGUGUGUUCGAGCGCUCUGACAGAUGUCAUCCACGCUGUGAUCAAUGGUACCGACGGAUGUUUGUUUUGUUUCGGACAUGCCGGACUUGGCAAAUCGUAUACCAUGCUGGGCACACCGGACAAUUCAAACACCUUAGGCAUCAUCCCUUGCGCCAUCUCGUGGUUGUUUAAGGGAAUCAACGAGCAAAAACAGAAAACUGGAGCAAGGUUCUCUGUACGGGUCAGUGCUGUGGAAGUAUGCGGACCCACCAAUCAGCUUAGGGAUCUUUUGGCGGGAUAUUCAAAUGAUUCCGAACAAUCACCUGGCAUGUACCUCCGCGACGACCCCCUGUUCGGCAACCAACCUCCUCACUGCGAGCUGAGAGUGCCCUCUGCGGAAAAAGCCGCACAUUACUUAGAUGCAGCCCUGGAAGGUCGCAGUCCUGCCACCAGGGAUGACUGCAGGGAUUCCCACCUGCUUUUCACGUUGCACGUGUAUCAGUACAGCGUUGCGGGGAAAGGUGGAGUUGCAGGAGGUCGCUCAAGGUUACAUUUGAUCGACCUAGGCAAUUCAGAACGAGGCAAAGCCAGCGGUGGUAUCCCUCUAUCGGGAGUAGGAAACAUACUUCUAGCAAUUUUCAACGGCCAGAAACACCUUCCUUACAAGGAACACAAGCUAACCCAUCUUCUUAAAGAUUGUCUCAGUUCUUUGACGUGUCACGCAGCUAUGAUCGUACAUGUGUCACCUUUUGCGCAGAACUAUGCGGAAACAUUGACAACGGUUCAAUUGGCUUCGAGGAUACAUCGAAUGAGGAGGAGGAAGAUUAAAUUUGUAUCGACGGCUGCUGGAAAUGGAUCAGGUGGUUCUUCAGGUGAAGAACAAGCUAGGACAACUGGAACCAGUAGCGAACCGGAUCCUUCCAGCAGUGAUUUAUCAGCUGAUACGGUGAUCUAUGUUGGUAGAGCUGACGAUGCUACUGAUGGAGAACAUCCCCCUGUCUAUAUCCCUAGCUUAAAUUCAGGAGACAACAGGUGUUCGAUGAGCAAAGCACUUCGAGGUUCAUCUGCAGAACAGCGGCCUACGAAAUCCUCUCCUAAGCUUGAUCGAGAUCCAGAAAAACUCAGUCAUAGACAGUUAAAAACACCAUCACAAAGUGCCAAAACAUCUCCAGCACAUACAAGUUCUCCAAAGUCAUCUCCCAGUCGAAUACCUUCGAUAAAAAAAGCAGCGGAAACACUGAAACACCCUGUGAAUGGUGCCAGUGAUGAGCAGUGGAUUGAUGGACCUAGGAUAUCCAAAAGUAAAGUGGCCGAAGCAAGACAUUUAAUAAAAGAACCUUGCCAUAUCAAGAAAAGGGAAACCUGGAUAGAUGGGCCUAUGCAAGGCACUUCAGAAAACCAACAAGGUAAUUCUAGGUCAGAUAAUGCUAUUCCUGAAGCUGAGAGUCCUUUAGAUGAUCAACAUCAACGACAGGAAGAGACUUUUGUUGAUGAUGACGAUGAAGAACCGGAACUUCCACCAGCGCUACCCAUAAUUCAACCGUUGAGUUCUAGGGAGGUGUCUUUGGAAAGUUUAGACAUGAUUCUAAAGGAAAGGAUGUUGUCUAAUGCUGAGUACAACAAGAGUUACCACCAGAACUAUGAGCACGAGCAAAACCAGCAAGAAGAGGACGAAAUUCUUGAAAUAAUCGAGGUAGAAGAGCCACUGGAACCAGUACCAAUGAUAGACAGCUGUUUACAGGUUACGGAAGAAGAUAUAGCGUUUUGUAUGGGUUUCUCAGAAAAUCCUUUACCUGAAGUGGACCAAGAAAAUCCUCUGGAUCAUCCCCUGAGGAUACUGAGCCAAGAAAACCUAACUGUAGUUUCAACUUUUACAGACUCUAUGUCAGUUUAUACAGAUUUGGAAAGGAUAUUACCCAGGCAUAGGUAUGAUAGGUAUUAUGAUGACUAUGAAGAUCCGGACAAUCCCUAUCCUAGGACAAACGGGAAUCUGUCAUUUGAUGACACAACUAGAAGAAAAUUUGACCAAUUAGCACGAUUGCACGAACUUUACACAAAUAGAUUGGCGAAAGCAACUGUGGGAAAUUCAGAGACAUACCAAGCUCAAAAUAGUAGUAAAAAGUACGAUAGUGACAAUAGGAUACUGACAAGGUGUGAAAGUCUGAGCCUAAACGACAUGCUCUACGGCGGCGGCACCACCCAAGACCUCCACGACAACAGCAGCAUCUACUCGGAACCGGCCUACGUCCAGGAAAAAUUCUGCGAAAACUGCAAAAUCAGUAUGACCCGACCAAACACCGUCCAGAACUGGUACGAGAACGCGUUCCUCAGUGCCAGCACCCAAGACCUCUCCCGUCACAACGAACCGCACAGCAGAACCAGCAGCCGGUUCCAAAGGAACCACUGCCACACGAAAACCACCUCCAGCAGCAUUAGGGAAACUAACCUGGUUUUACGACAUCCCGACGGCGCAUCCAACCCCAAUUUACUCAAAGAGACAGCGUUUAAGUCGACGAGUGGAUGUGAUGCGCCGUCAGGCACCGAGACUGAGUCGAGGGGAAGUAUUACUGCGCAGCCUCCGUCUGUGCCGUGCUCGCUGCCCGUGACGGAGCGGGUGAACAGGGCUGUGUUGAAUUUGGAGACGGGCAUUACGGCGGUCAAGUUGGGCAGUCAGAAGAACGAAGAGUACGACUCUGGGCAUGACUCGACGCCUAGGACUUCGAAGCAUAGUCCGGCUGCUAUAUCUAGGAGAGCUGAAAGUGGGUACGAUUCUGUGGUGCGUGACAGUGAAAGCAGCUCCAUCGACUCAGAACCUACAAGGUUCGCUAUGGGCAGAAGAGGCAAAUGCAAGCACAAACAUGAAAAAAGCUUCUGCUCGUGGUUCCUCAACCCCUUCACCUGUAAAUACAUAGACGAACCCCCCGAAACGCACUUCUAGGGGUAAAUUUGACGAAUUUAAACGUAUACUCUUCUAAAAAGGGUCUAAAUAUCUGUGAAACCAGCUUGGAUAGCCACACAGGCGUUUUUUUUUCGAGAUUUUCAAGCUUUUUAUGGUUGUAAUCGAUACUUACUGACAUUUUCACUGCCUAAAUACAAACCCGAACUGAUUUUAGAUAUCUUUUAUACUGAUAAAUAGGAUUUUUAGUUCUGUGCCGUCUUUUCAGUCAUGUUUUUCUAUAUACAGGGUGAGAAGAGAACUCAUACGAUAAGUAAAAAAACAUAUUUUAUUGAAAUUAAAUUUUGAAAGCAUUAUGUAGGUUAAUUAAUAUUUACCGUUCUAAAGAAUAUCCCCAAAAAAGUUGUGUUUUUGUAAUGAAACACUCUAUACAGGGUGACAAU